AUGCUGACUCCUGCCGGAUCGGCCCUGCGCCUGACGCUGUCCCGAGCUCAGGCACCCGGACAAAGGGUCGCCUUUGCUUCUCUGCUCUCCCGCCGGCCGAACGGAGCGGCACGCAUCCACAGUGGUGCUGCUAUCCCCGGCCGCCGCAUGUCGACAGUAGUCGAGGACCGCGUCAUCGAGAAUGCACAUGUUCCCCCGCCUCCUCCUCGGCCACAGGGUCCUGCUACGGUUCCUGUCGAGGCAGAGCGCCCGGCGAGUGACAUCCUCAAGCAGGCCGGGACUGUUCAUCGCCGGUUCCACGACCCGGCCGAGGUGCAGCUGUGCACCCUGAUGAACAUCAAGACGGGCGGGUGCAGCGAGGACUGCAGCUACUGCGCCCAGUCGACGCGCUACCAGACGGGCGUCAAGGCACAGCGCGUCGAGCCCGUCCAGGCCGUCCUCGAGGCCGCCCGCACGGCCAAGGCCAACGGCAGCACGCGCUUCUGCAUGGGCGCCGCGUGGCGGGACAUGCGCGGGCGCAAGAACUCGCUCAAGAACAUCAAGGCCAUGGUCGAGGGCGUGCGCGCCCUCGACAUGGAGGUCUGCGUCACCCUCGGCAUGAUCGACGACCAGCAGGCCAAGGAGCUCAAGGAGGCCGGCCUGACCGCCUACAACCACAACGUCGACACCAGCCGCGAGUUCUACCCCUCGGUCAUCACCACGCGCACCUACGACGAGCGGCUCAAGACGCUCUCGCACGUGCGCGACGCGGGCCUCAACGUCUGCUCGGGCGGCAUCCUGGGCCUGGGCGAGAGGGCCGAGGACCACAUCGGGCUCCUGCACACCGUGUCCACGCUGCCCUCGCACCCGGAGAGCUUCCCCGUCAACGCCCUCGUGCCCAUCAAGGGGACGCCGCUGGGCGACAAGAACCCCAUCGAGUUCAUGGCCAUCCUGCGCACCAUCUCCACCGCCCGCAUCCUGAUGCCCAGCACCAUCAUCCGCAUCGCCGCCGGCAGGAAGACCAUGAGCGAGGAGAAGCAGGCCCUGUGCUUCAUGGCCGGCGCCAACGCCAUCUUCACCGGCGAGAAGAUGCUUACUACGGAGUGUAAUGGCUGGGAUGAGGACGGCGAGAUGUUCAAGCGGUGGGGUCUCGUGCCCAUGAAGAGCUUCGAGAAGAGCGAAAAGCCGCAGCCGGAGCUCUAG